GGGGCGGUCUUUGCACGAUGAUGUAAUUGGAGUAAACAGUAAAGAUGGCUUCGUCGGGAUCGGAGGAAGGGUGUUCAGAAGUUAACGGGGUUCUACCUGAAACUGGAAAGAAGAUACUGACUGAUCUACCAGCCGAGUUGCUAGAAUGUAUCUUGUGCUUCCCUAUCCUGAAUAACAUUGACAUUUCCAACGUGUCCUGCAGUUGCAAGAGAUUACAUGAUGUAUGCCACGGCAGAGGGAAGGUUUGGGGACAUCAGUACAAACUCAGGUGGCCUAGGCUGCUGAAGAAUUACCGUCAGAACGAGCCUUGUGAUUGGCUCAACGAAUACAGAAGACGACAUGUGGUCGGUGUCCAAAUCCGAAGAACUGUGGAGUCCAUUUCCAGGAGGUUCUUUACAGAAGUUCCUUGCGUUGGUCAGGUGUUGGGGGACAGCUUUGCUGAGAUUGAGUCUCUUGGAGCACCGGAGCACUUCUGCGAAGAUGAACUCCUCUCCAUUUUGAACUCGGACAGGAGGAAGAGCCUGACUUUGAAGUACUAUGCAAAGAAAAUCCUUUACUUUCUCCGGCAGCAGAAAAUCUUGAGCAUCUUGAAGGGGUUCCUGGACCAACCUCCAGAAGAACAGUCAGCGCUUGAGGGUGCCGUGCUGGUGGACCAGUACUGUAACCCCCUCGCAGACAUAUCCAUGCAGAGCAUAUCUGCCCAGCUCGAGGAGAUCACAGACAAGGUCAAGAAGACGCUGCGCAGUAAAAACCCUUCCCACCCCAGCCUCAGAGCCAAUCCAGAUGACUGCUUUCUGGUGGAGGACUUGGAGCUCCAGAGACAGGUGGUUUGCGCCCUCAACGCCGUCCUGUACGAGCAGCUCCAGUACAAGGGCAACGAGUGUGACUAUUACAACCCCCUCAACUCUUACAUCCACCAGGUGCUGCUCCGCCGGACGGGCAUUCCCAUUAGCCUCUCUGUUCUCUACCUGACCUUAGCCAGGAAGUUGGGUGUCCAACUGGAGCCAGUGAACUUUCCCAAUCACUUCCUCUUGCGUUGGUGCCAGCAAAGAAGAGGGAGUGCAGAUAUCUACGAUUACAUCUACAUCGACGCCUUCGGGAAAGGCAAGCAGCUGACCGCCAAGGAGUGCGAGUACCUGAUCGGUCACCAGGUGACGGCGGACUACUACAGCGCCAUCAGCACGACCGAGGUGCUGCUGAGGAUGGUGGGAAACCUGCUGAACAUCGGCAAGCGAGGAGAGGGGAACGAGAAGUCCUACCAGCUCCUGAGGGACUCGCUGGAUCUCUACCUCACCAUCAACCCCGACAAUGUCCAGUACCUGCUGCUGCAGGCCCGGCUGUACUUCCACCUGGGCAUCUGGCCUGAGAAGGUACUGGACAUCCUGCAGCACAUCCAGGCCCUGGACCCGUCUCAGCACGGGGCGGUGGGCUACCUGGUGCAGCACACCCUGGAGCACAUCCAGCACAAGAAGCACCCCCUGGAACCCUGGGCCAAAAAACGCAGCGCCCCCGAGCACCAGGAGGUGCACUACUCCGUGGGGCUCAUCAUGAAACACAAGAGGUCAGGAUAUAACUGCGUGAUCUACGGGUGGGACCCCAAGUGCACCAUGAGUCAGGAGUGGAUCACCACCAUGAGGGUCCACCAGCUGUCCUACGGGGACAACCAGCCCUUCUACAACGUCCUGGUCCAGGACGGGACGUGUCGCUACGCGGCCCAGGAGAACCUGGAGCCUCACUCCGACCCCCUGGAGAUCGCGCACCCAGAGGUGGGUCGCUACUUCUCCGAAUUCUGCGCCACCCACUACGCCGCCAACGAGGAGCUGCAGGCCCGAUACCCGGAGGACACGCCCGAGACCCUGCGCACCGUCCGGGAGCUGUACCACGGUCCGGCCGCGAACUCGGGACCCCCCGAACCUCCGGGGGUACCGCCGGCGCCCCAUGACCCCGCAGACGCGUGACGCGCCACCUUCCCGCAGCGCGAACGCUCGCGUUUAACCCGAAGCCAACCGACACCCGCCAGGGGGGGUCACAGCCCAGGCCACGCCCACCCAUCCACAUCCACCACCCCCCCCUCCCUCCGCACGGAAUGACAUCAUCUGAAAGUUACGUCUGCCACACACACACACACACGCGCGCGUUUGUAGUGUAAUUAAUGCACUUACGAAGUAUGACUCUUCAUCCAUGAAACGGAAAUUGAUUUCUUUUUCUGUACAUUUGCAAGUAAAAGCUGUAGUAAACCAAUGGA